AUGUCCAAGACGGCCCAUCCUGGUGUCGGGGAAACCACUCCUCAGACCAAUCCCCCAGCGCAGAUCCAUCAUCCGCGCCGAGGUUCUGCCUUAAUACGCUUCCGUUGGCCCAGGGCCGUCUCAUUCAAGGGCGGGGUACGCAAGUAUGUACGCAAGUAUGCUCGAUGGUUAAGGCAUCCCAUAUUGUUGCGCGCGUUUGGGAGAUCCGCUACGAGCGGGCUGCUUCUGGACGGCAGCGCAGCCCGCUAUACGGGUUCUGUCAAAGUUGUCAAACUCAAAGCUCACAGACACGAGCAGGGCGCCACAAGCAGCGAAUCCUCUUAUCGCGGCGGCCAAUUCAUUCCCACAUGGGACGGAUACAGAAGUACAAGGCAACAGACCGAUGUCACCGUACGUACCGGAUGCAUGCAAAAAGAGAAGAGAAAACGAGGGGCAGCAAGCGGCGUCGACCCUCGGAAGCGUUUGGAUGGGUGUUAUCAGAGGACCAUUAAGACCCAGUCCUGUUGCAACAACCUCCCCCGCCUGCCGCAGAGAGUGUCUCCACUCACUGAACGCCGUGACCCGGCUUCGGCGGUCCGCAAGGUCUGUCGCAUUGGGGUUGCCAUCGUAGACUCGCGGCUCCCCGGCUUUAGAUCACCAGAAAACGCUGAUCUACGGUUCUCGAGCCCCUCUGGGCGUCUGGGGAUGGCAAGCGCGCUUGUCUCGCAUGACGAGACACACGUUCAGCAUGCGGUGUCCUUGAUUUCUUGGUUCUCACGGGGCGAGGGAGGGUCGUCACGAGCCCACCUUGCUCCGCUCUGGAAGUCAUACUGGACUGUGUGGGAGGGCCCGGAUUUGUGUGAGCGCCGAAGCGGUCGGACAGAAGGCCGCGCCGCGUUCGACUCCAGAUCGAGACUCAUCGAGAUGCUAUCGAAAGGUUAUCUGUUCAAAUCAGGUGUGAUGAAUCUCACGGUGUUUGAGAGAUACGGGACCCAACUCGCUUUUUUCUCGUCUUCUUCCUGCAUAGAUAUCAGCUGUCCUCAAUGGACUCCAGAAUCGUGUCACCAACACGAAACGGGCAGAGUGCCUGACCUCAAGCAAGAACUCUUGCUAGACGUAAAUGAACAGUUUGAUACUUCUGACGUCGCAGUAUCUGCAUUAAGAUUGGCGAGCCUCAACAAUGGUCAAGGACAAAGACAGAUGGAAGCCCCUGGCAUCUUCAAGGUCUUCUUAUGGACCUUCUCUCAGAUUCGUUUCCAGCUUUCAAUUUCUAGGGGACAUGUGUGUGAUGAAUUGUUUGCCAUGAAAAAUGUAGUCGACUUUCUUGGAAGGAAGGAAGCUGAGAGUCGCUCCUUCCUUUUUGUGAGCCACCAUAGACCUGCCCUCCUACUUUUGCACCUUUCACCUUUCACCUUUCACCUUUUUUCCAAAUUUUCACCUCCCAGGAAGACAUUUACACAAAGCAACAACUUCUUCCUCUCACUCCAAUCGUCAAUCCCACUCCUCUGCCCUGAUUUGAUCACAUCGACGCCCCCAAUGCAAUUGCCUCCGUCUCCUUGGCGACUGUAA